ACCAAACGUGCAAGAUGGGCUGAAUGGCCUCCUGUCGUUUGUAAACAUUCGUAUGUUCUUAUGUUCAUAUUGACUAGCUGCUCAUGUGGAUUCGACUUACUUCUUGGAGAUAUUGAUCUUGUACUUCGUUCUGGCCCUCCCUCGUGCAGGUGAGGUUCUUCCGGCAACUUCCGAGUUGCCUUAUUUGGAUGUACUAACUGAGCCGCUAUGAGAUCUGCAGUGACUCAACUCACCCGCCGUUUACACUCUGCACAGAAUAAAAUCUUCAGAAUCCAGUUGUACUGGGAAGAAAGCGCACUGGAAAGAAGUUUAACGAGCAGCGCUGCGACGCAAAACAUUUUUUUUUAUAAUUAUUUGUUGCAGCUAGAUUCAUCUAAGUUGGAUUCACAAUUAAUAACAGUCAUUUGAAUUAAAAAAUAUUACGCGAACUCUAAUUAUUGUAUUGAAAUCUUCUGGACAAAGAAAACAUGGAAAUCGCUACUUUGUUGAACCUUGGAUGUUUUGUUUUGUGCUUUUUAUUCUCUCAGAAUGGGAAAGCCUCAGGUAAUAGCCAGCUACCUGUUGCCACAAAAGUCUGGUGGACAUCUAUAAAUUUCAAGACCAUACUGGAGUGGGAGCCCAAGCCUUCGGGGUAUGCCUACACUGUGGAAUUCUUUGGGAAAAAGACUGAUGUGCAGAAGAGCCCCCGCUGCAUAAAGAUCCAGACAACGGAAUGUGAUUUGACCAGAUUCCUGUUGAAUUUGACGGACUCAUAUACUGCACAUGUUAUCUCUGAACCCAUAGAGACUGUCGAUAAGACUGAGGAGUACCCCUUCACCCGAUCAGACAAGUUCACACCCUACAAAGACACAAAAAUUGGGCAACCUACUUUUAAGAUUGAAGAAAAUAAAGCAAAGAACAAUAUUAAGCUGCUGAUAGAGACCCCCCUCUCCAGCAUCAGAGGCCCCAAUAACACAUUUCUGAGUAUACAGGAAAUCUUCAAAAAGGACUUGGAAUACGUAACAUAUUACAGAAAGGCUGCCAGUACAGGCAAGAAAGAAGCUAAAUCAAAGAUCAAUGAGAUUGAUGUGCCAGUGGAUCGAGGUGAAAGUUACUGCUUCACUGUGAACAUUGUUAUUCCAUCACGGACUGACGAAAACCAGCAAAGCCAGGAAUCAGCAACACACUGCUCACAUUCCGAGAAGCCCUUUUAUGAAGAAUAUGGGAUUGGUGUGCUGGUAGGUCUCAUACUUGCACCAGUUCUCCUAUUAGUUGCCAUCGUCACGUGUGUGUGCUGCUGCAGGCGAAAGAAGAGCGCUAAUAAGGAGGAGAACAGCCCUGACGGAGUGCCUUUGAAAGGUGUUUAAGGGUCGAUCAUUGCCCCUGAAUUGUGAUUUAAAGAGAAAAAAAAAAAUACACGGUCCAAUCAGGCUGAGAGACAACAAAUGUACUAAACUUGCAACUAUUGGUAGUGAUAGGAGGUUUCAACAUACUUUCAAAGGGUUUUGACCUUUUGUUGAACACUGGAGUAGAAAACUUGUUUCUGUGAAACACUGAAGAGAUAUAAUUUUUGCUUAUUUUUUAUAUUCCGUAUUACACUACGCUAUGGUACUAAAACUAGCUGGGAGCAAGUAAGACUGUAACUCUGAUAGAAAUGCUGUUUUUGUAUUAAUUUGUAUUCUUGUAUGUUUCAUAUUGAAUCUUUACAAAUGCACAAUCUGAUCUAUUGUAACUUGGGAACACUAAAUCUGCUGCAAAUGUGAUUAUUUAUAUAUGGUUUGUGGGAUGUCUAUUUAUACCUCUAAAAAUGUAAUAUAGUUGGUCUGUAUAUCUGGUGUUGUUUUUCUAACAUAUUUAUAUUUUUUAUGAAAUGCUUGCACAAUAAAAUCGUAAAUGGUUUAAAAUCC